AUGUUAUCAAAUAUUCAAUAUUGGGAACAAUUUAGUGUAUUCAUAUUAUAUAUAUUUGUAUUAAUUGAACCAAUAUCUAGUCAAGGAUUAGCAUGUUAUAAGUGUAUGACAACAAAUCCUAAUGAUGAUGGUUGUCGAGAUCCAUUUUCAUCAUUAAUUAAUCCAGUUCAAAUAAAUUGUCAGGCAACGGCCAUGGGCAAAAAUGGAACAUUUCCGGCUCGAUUUUGUGUAAAAAUUAGUGGUCGUAUAUUAAGUAUUGAUGGUGAUGCCAAUGUUUCUUAUUUAAAUACUGUUAUUUAUUAUCGUACAUGUGUUGUUGAUAAUAUUAUGGAAUCAACAAAAUUAUUAGAAACAUCAGGCAAUUUUCGAUUAAAAGGUUUUCAAGAUUGGAAUGGCUCUAUACGUUUACAAGGUUUUAUGUCACUUUGUGCAUAUGAUGGUUGUAAUAAAGCACAAAAUCUAAAGUUAUCAUUAUCAAUUAUGAUUAUUGGCUUAUUGUUAACUAUAUAUUAUUAUUAA